GGGGUGACGGGCGCCCCUGGGCCGGCGCCGCCCGCAUUGCUCCCAUUCCAGCGGCGCCGCCGACCCGGCCCGACGCGGGCCACGGGCGCGAGAUGGCCGGGAGCAUCUUCUCGCCGCCGGGGAGCUGCGGGGCGCUGGAGGCGGGCGGCUGCCACCCGCUCGUGUGCCUGCUCUGCCGCGAGCCCUACCAGCAGCCCUGCCUGCUCGACUGCUACCACAACUUCUGCGCCGGCUGCCUGCGGGGCCGCGCCGCCGACGGCCGCCUCGCCUGCCCCCUCUGCGGGCACCGGUCGGUGGUGAAGGGCGGCAGCGGGCUUCCCCCCGUGGACCGGCUGCUGCAGUUCCUGGUGGACGGCUCGGCCGAGGGCGAGGAGGCGGCGCAAUGCGCCAACUGCGACCUGCGCUGCGCCAAGGCGGAGCGGGACGCCAUGUACUUCUGCAACACGUGCAGCCAGCCGCUGUGCGCCCCGUGCCGCGAGGAGACGCACCGCGCCAGGAUGUUCGCCCGGCACGACAUCGUCGCCCUGGCCAAGCGCACCAAGGACAUCCACAAGAAGUGCCCGCUGCACGAGGAGCCCUACAUCAUGUUCUCCACCGAGAAGAAGUCCAUGCUCUGCAUCAACUGCUUCCGCGACAUGCAGGGGGAGAGCCGCGCGCACUGCAUCGACAUCGAGACGGCGUACGUGCAGGGCUGCGAGAAGCUCGACCAGGCCGUCAUGGCCGUCAAGGAGCUGCAGACGGCCACGCGCGAGGCCAUCGUCCUGCUCAAGGCCAUGGUGGAGGAGGUGCGCAACAGUGCCAGCGAGGAGGAGACGGCCAUCAGCUCCCUCUUCAGCAGCAUGCAGGAGAAGCUGGCGGAGCGGAGGCAGGCGCUGCUGAAGGCGGUGCGGAGCCAGCACGAGGAGAAGGAGAAGGCGUUCCGGGAGCAGCUGGCCCACCUCGCCGCCCUGCUGCCCACGCUGCAGGUCCACCUCGUCACCUGCUCGGCCUUCCUGAGCUCCGCCAACAAAGCCGAGUUCCUCGACCUGGGCUACCAACUCAUGGAGCGGCUGCAGAAGAUCGUCAAGCUGCCGCAUCGCCUGAGACCUGCGCAGACCAGCAAGAUCAGCACCGAGUACCGGGCCGAGUUCGCCCGCUGCCUGGAGCCGCUGCUGACGCUGACGCCUCGCCGCUCCGUGGUGGGCAGCGCCGGGGCCAUCGGGCCCGGCAUCGCCGCCGCAAACAUGAUCGCCGGCAGCCCCUGCUCCAAGACGCUGCUGGUGCCGGGCCGGCCGGCCGCCGGCGAGGGCAUGGCCAGCAGCUCGGUGGUGCGCAAGCCCAGCCUGCACCGCUACAUCAGCACCAAGGUGCUGCUGGCCGAGGGCGGCGACUCGCCCUUCACCCAGCACUGCCGCAGCUACGAGAGCACCUACCGGGCGCUGCAGGCCGAGAUCCAGAGCCUGAAGGACCAGGUGCAGGAGCUGCACCGCGACCUCACCAAGCACCACUCCCUCAUCAAGACGGAGAUCAUGAGCGAGAUCCUGCAGAAGUCGCUGCAGAUGGACGUGCAGAUCGCCGCCCACUACUCCUCCGUGGAGAUGAUGCGCAGCGUCUUCGAGGAGAUUUGGGAAGAGACGUACCAGCGGGUGGCCAACGAGCAGGAGAUCUAUGAAGCCCAGCUCCACGACCUGCUGCAGCUCCGGCAGGAGAACAGCUACCUGACCACCAUCACCAGGCAGAUCGCGCCCUACGUCCGCUCCAUCGCCAAGGUGAAGGAGCGCCUGGAGCCCAGGUUGCAGGAGUGCCGGGAGCCCAGGGACGAGCGGGCCGAGACGCUGCUCCGGGUCUGCGACGAGGGCCCGGCGCCCGGCGAGGCCGCGCACAGGAGCGAGGCGGCAGGCGGCGGCGAGGAGGGCGGCGCGAAGGCUCCGGAGAGCAAAGGGGACGGCCGAGCAGGCAGCGCCGCCGCCGAAGACCCGCUCCUGAAGAACAAGGACUAUUACAGGAGCAAGCAGAAAAGCGGAGCGGACGGCGCCGCCCGGAAGGAGUUUGCAACUUAAAAAAGCCAAAUGCCCCGAGAGUCCAAUUGCUGUGUUCACUGUAGGUAAACGCUAGCUAACCAGAGUGUAUUUAGCGAGGAGCUUCUCAGGCACGCACAGGGUAACGCUCACGUCGGUUGUAAGCGACCCACUCGCUGGCAUGCAAAGAAGCAGAAUUUUUAAAGUUCAAUUUUUGACAAAACAGUCUAUAGAGUUACAGGCUCGUGCUUGCGCGUUGAGUUCAAGCGGGGUCUCUGUUACCCCCGUAAGCGUUAGCAGAGCGCCGCUUUCUUGCCGAACGCAGGAGAAGGUUAAGUAAAUGGGUUGCACGCUGCAGCGUGAAGAGAGGGAGCCGCUUCCUGCUGCCGAGCACCAGACGCGGGCCGGCACAGCUCCCGCGAGCUGGGGACUCGGGGGUGACGGGUGACGAGCGCACACGCAGCAGCUCCCGCCGGCCGGCAGCUGAGAAACCGGACACUUCACAAUCAGCACAUGAAUGCAGAUUAUUCUCAUCAAGGAUAUCUUUAUUUAAGAAAUGAAAAGUAUGCUCAACAUCUGCAAAAGAAAAGCUGAGACAUAUUGAGUAUUUCUUCACGUAAAAAGAAGUACUAAUACGUACUUGGCCUCGAGCAGGCUGUUCUCACGCCCGACUCCAAACAGAUGCGGAGUCCUCGUAGUAAAACAUUCAUUUUUUCAACGCAAUUUCCUAUCUCAGCUGUUGAGCUAACGGCCUCCUGCUCCAACAGGGACGCCUGCAAGAAGCGACUUCCCCAUCAGACUGCAAAUCUAAAGCAGAUUUACCAAGUGAGAAGGGGCUAGAUUAGAGGCUGCUCGCAACCGCACGGUCGUGCGGCAGGUGGCAAUUGCUCGUUUGCAAAUAAAAGCUAUGCACCGAU